AGGCUGUCGAGCUCUUUUUGCUUGUCCCUUCCCCUCCGUUUUCCGCCCUUCCUUCUGCUUUAUAUACUCUUGGUGACGUCAGACGGUUUCACUACGCGUCAAGCAAAGUCGGACCUCUUGUAUUCCGUUAGGAACCAUGUUUUAUUUCCAUUUCAUUUUCUGACAUUCAUAUUUUUUUUUACUACUUUUGUUAUAUUACUUAGCAAUUUCGAUUUCUUUCUUAGUUACUUUGGUGGAAACAUGAUUUCACCGUGUAAAAGUGUUGAAUUUUGCUUACGAUUCUCGGCAAGCUCUCAAGUGCAAGUACACAAUGCAUUUCUGAUUCAUCUAUAGAAGAGUCAACUUUUAUUGUUGUAUUCAAGUUUCAAGGGUCCAGUCAUUCUAGCAUCCACUCUUCAGCAUCCACCAUAGUCUUCAUUCAAGUCUUCAUUCAUUUAAUGUGAAAAAGCACUAUUGAUACUUAAAUGAAUAAUCAAGAUAUUGCUGAUGAAAUUGAAGCUCUGAGUGCUAUCUUAUGUGCAGCUAGUGAGUUUGAGGUGAAGUCUAGCGAUGAGAAUGAAGUGAUACUAGUGAUCCAGCCUCAACAAAUCAAUAGUAAUGUUAUCAGUUUAACUGUCGUUUUGGAUCCUAAAAGUUAUCCCAGUUCUAGUCCACAGCUAUCAGUUCAGAGUCCUAGGCUGAGUCGAGCAGAAUUGCAGAAUCUUGACACACUAAUCAAGCAACAAGCUUCUAAGUUGCAGGGAGAAGUGACAAUUUUAUCAUUAGUUGAAUGGCUGGUGGAAUAUUGUUUACGGUACGAGGAAGAAAUGAUCUGCCGUGCAACGAACCCUGUGAUAGAAAGAGAUAUCGAUAAUGAUUAUACCGUUGUUGCCCAGCUCGAUCAUAUUCGCAGUAAAACAAUUUACUUAAAAACUCUGAACCAGUGGUUUCGUGAGCUCGAUUUGCACGGAGUCUUGAUCUCCUAUCGAAAGUGGAUAUUUCUCUUGGUCUCCGGGAAAAAAGAUAGUCUCCAGCUGUAUCUAAAACGACACAGGACUCAGAACGUCGACGUCGACUCAGGCGGAAGGCCGUGUAGAGAGCGCAUGCUGACUGUUCUGGGUCAAGUGGAAGAACCGCUCGAUGCCGGCGGCGUACUAGUCGAGGUGGAACUAAAUGAUUCCGGUGACGACUGGUCAACAUAUUGGAAGAGUAGGUCAUUGUUAGUGAGUAUCUAUCAGAAAUUUAUUCAGCCACAAACUGGACAGAAGAAAUGAUGAAAGUAAUCACAACACACACCAGCAGGGCAGCAACAAGAGAAGUUCAAAUCAUCCGGAAAGAUGAAUGAACAUAAAAAUAAAACAAAAGGGAAAAACAAAGAAAACAAACACACAAUCUAACUUCUGUUCAAUCCAUAACCUUUUUUUUUUCCUUCUUCCGGCGAGAUCACACUCGUCUUUUUCCACUUUUGUUUUUUAGUUUUGUUUUUCAUCCAUUAUUGUACAAAUUGUUAAAUAUACAGCAGUUUUCACGAUACAAAAUUCAUCAAACCCGCACAAACGUUUCCUUUCCUUUUAUAUAAAUAUUGAUGGAUCAAAUUUGAAAGUGAUUAAGAGUGCGCUAUAUAUCACAUCAACCACUUGGUAGCAUGUAAGCAGGAGUGAAAAGAAAGAUACAUCUCAUACCAGGAGAAAUAAAAAAAUAGGAAAAAAAAAGUAACCCUAAAUUUGACUCCCGUAGUCCAUCAUUUGAGCUGGAUUGUAAAUCUGUACGUCAUCGAUUCGAAACGAAUGGGA